AUGGGGUCGAUCGAAGGGGUCAACAGCGCCAUACAGCUGCCUGUCAUUGACAUCUCAGAAUUCUCUGUCGAGGUUGGGAAGCAAGUAUUGGAGGCUGCUACCAGAUAUGGCUUCCUCUACAUCAACACUAGUGGUACAGGCUUCACGGAGAGCAUGGUGGAUCGGGAGUUUGAAUUCUCGCGCCGAUUUUUUGCGCUGCCUGAAGCAGAAAAAGAGCCGUGUCGCAUCGACAAGACAAAUCGGGGCUGGACAGGAAUGCACGGCGAAAUCCUCGACCCCAGGACACAGCGCAAAGGUGACUUCAAGGAGGCAUUCAAUAUCGGAGAAUUUCUGAAUGGAAAGCCGCAACAGCCUAUACCCAAAUUCCUCGAGAGCCAUCUCGAUGAGUUGGCCGAAUUUGAGAGGACAUGCAAGCAAGUCUGCGAUCGAGUACUUGAUCUUCUCGGGCUGGGACUCGAGGUUGAAGAGCCCAAUUUCUUUUCCUCGCGGCAUACCCAGCCCAGCGGGUGCACUGUCCGCCUCCUACACUAUCCCGCCGUCCCCGUUGAUGUGGACUAUCAACCAGAAGUCGAUGUCAGAGCUGGCGCCCACUCCGACUACGGAAGCAUCACCUUGCUGUUUCAGCGACCUUCACAGCCCGGCCUCCAGAUUCGAACCCCGGAGGACAGCUGGGCACCUGUUCCCGUAAUCCCUGAUGGGUAUCACUCGACCACAUUCCCGCCUAUUCUGGUCAACAUUGCCGAUUUGCUGUCAUACUGGACGAAUGGAAUCUUGAAAAGCACCGUACACCGAGUCAUUUUCCCCAAGGAGGCGAGAAGGGGAGGGGAGGACAGGUAUUCAAUAGCGUAUUUCUCACACCCGGGGAAUGACGUCGAGUUGACACCUGUACCAAGCAAGCUGGUAGCGCAGCACAAACUGGAUGAAGACAAAGAGGUAGGAUACGGGGGAGGAGCUACAGGCAAACGAGCCAUGACCGCGAAAGACCAUCUAAUGUCUCGGCUGGACGCAACCUAUGGAUUCAGAGGGGCACAAGCCCAGGAGGUUGAUAGUACUGCUUAG